GACUGUCUGUGUCGCUGUUAUCCCGUGCUGUGUGUAUGUAGCCUGCUGUUCUAUCCUUGUGCUAAACUUGCUGGAGAAGCAACUGAGUGAUCAUGUUGCUGGUACUAAGCGAAGAGCACAGGGAACAUCUGCAGAUCUUAACUCGGGUGGGCGGCGCCGUUGUUGGUGAAUUUGGUCGCAUUGCUAUAGAAUUUUUAAGAAGAGGUUCCAAUCCCAAAGUCUAUGAAGGAGCUGCAAGGAAGCUAGAGGUUAGCAGCACCACAAUUCAGCAAGCUGUCGAGGGGCUCACCUAUCUGCUCUGUGAGAGCUCUAAGCUUAUGAUAUCAGAGUUCGAUUUCCAGCACUCUGUCCUUGUUUUGGGUUUCCCAGAAGAAAUCAAUAAAGUUCUCCUUCAGUUGUAUUUGGACAACAGGAAAGAGAUAUGCCAAAUUUUGACAGAACUGGAGCCAGAUCUUUCUCACUAUCAUAAUAUGGAAUGGCGCUUGGAUGUUCAGCUUGCAAGCAGAAGUCUGAGACAUCAGAUCAAGCCCACCAUCACCAUGAAACUGCACCUAAAGCAAAACCAGGAGCUGAGCACUCAAGUGUUGCAGACCGACCCCGCAACUUUGCUGCAUCUCAUUCAGGAACUUGAACAAGCACUUGCUGAAAUGAAGACCAACCACUGUCGGAGAAUAGUACGCAAUAUUAAAUAGAGAAAUUGGUGAUUUAAUUGUCAUUCACUCCUGCAAGACCCAUAUUUGUUUUAUAGAUGACUUCAACUUUACAAAAUAAUUCAUUUAAAGUUUUCAUAUAGAUGAAGAUGAAAAUUCCAUAUUCUGCUGUGAGUGUAAGAGAAAACCUACACAUAUAUAUGAACAUUUACACACACACACAUUCUUUAGCUGGUCCCUUCCCUUUGAUAUAUAUGUGUAUAACUUCUGGCAGUAAUGUAGAAGUGGGGUCCAGCCCAAGAAGGGCAGUUUCAGUUACACGGGAGGAGCUAGGGUUUGACAUAAGGCCAAGUUCCGCAGCCGUAUCGCUUGAGCUAAAGUUCUGGGCCAGUAUAAUUCUGUGCUUUGUAAGUAACGUGACCCCUGUGGAUGUGUUCCUGCAGUGAAAUAGGGAGUAUCGUUGUAUUCUAUAAGCUGGAUAGUAUUCGCCCUUUUGCAUAGUUACUUUUGUAUAUGCUUCAUUGGGCAUUUUUGUGCAAACACAAUUCCUCUUAAGGACAAUAGAUUCCUGGUUAGUUUCAAUGCCCACAGGUUUGUCACGGAUGCAUUUCAUAUUUACUUUUAUAUCAGACCAAUAAGUGACAGUUAUAUUUCUCUCGAAAACUGUGUGUGUGUUGGUUAUUGAUAAAUAGCAUUGUACAUUAUAUUUCUUAAUUACACACUGUAUUAUCAAAAGGCGCCAUUUACAAACAUGUACUGUGCACUGAUUUGUGUAUAUAUGCAUUUUUGUCAAUAAUAAUAUACAUUUUGUUUUGUUUUUGCUUUGAUAAAAAGAUUUUUCAUCAACUUGA